UGCCGCUGGCGCACGCUUUGUUUCGCAUUAGAAUUUGUUUUGUUGUGUUGAAUUAAGGUAGAACCGUGCGUUUUAUGACGGACUGAAAGUAACUUAAUACGAGUCAUUAUCAUGCGGUUCGCCCAAAUAAUUGUGGGUCCUGCAGGCAGUGGCAAGUCGACGUACUGCAGCUUAAUGCAGCAAUAUGCGAUGGACUCCAAGCGAAAUAUACAGGUGGUGAACCUCGAUCCGGCGGCAGAGCACUUUACUUACAACCCGCUGACCGAUAUUCGCGAACUGAUCCACCUGGACGAUGCCAUGGAGGACGAGGAGCUGCACUACGGACCGAACGGCGGCCUCAUCUUCUGCCUGGAGUUCUUGAUCGAGAACCAGGAAUGGCUGAAGGAACAGCUCUGCGGCGGCCAGAACGAGCUGAUGGUGGGCGAGCCUGAUGAUGACUACAUCCUGUUCGAUAUGCCUGGCCAGAUCGAACUGUUUACUCACCUGAAGAUGGGCAGGCAGCUGGUGCAACUGCUCGAGUCCUGGAACUUCCGUACGUGCGUCGUCUUCUGCUUGGACUCGCAGUUCAUGGUGGACGGGGCCAAGUUCAUUUCCGGCACCAUGGCCGCACUCAGUGUUAUGGCCAACAUGGAGCAGCCGCACAUCAACGUGCUGACCAAAGUAGAUCUGCUGAGCAGCGAUGCCCGGAAGCAGCUGGAUAUGUAUUUGGAACCGGAUGCCCACAGUCUGAUGGGGGAACUUACCAUUGGGACUGGCUUUGGCGAAAAAUAUGCAAAGCUUACGGAGGCUAUAGGCUCGCUGAUUGAGGACUUCAGGUGUUUACUUCAAUGACAGUCCAAACUAGUUUUAUGUUUGAGAGACAGUAUGCUGACAUAGGUUCCCAAAUACUCUACCUACUUUGCUUGCCUUUUGGAGGUGGUCACCAAUUGGUACCAAAAGAUUUUACCGAUUUACUAGCACUUGUGAAUCGGGAGAGUGGAUGUUUAUUAAAAUGGCCACGGGCAGAUAUUUAAGUUAU